AUGAAUCAAACAACUAUUGGAAGCUUCAUUCUUCUUGGAUUUGGAGAUCUUCCAGAAAGACAAGCUCUUCUCUUUCUGACUUUGCUUAUGAUCUACAUGAUUACCAUAGCAGGGAACUUCCUCCUCAUUGUGCUUGUUGUAGUUGACUUGCACCUCCACACCCCCAUGUACUUUUUCCUAGGGAAUCUGUCCUGCUUGGAGAUCUGCUACACCUCAACUAUCCUACCCAGGUUGCUCUUCAGCCUUUUGACUGGAGAUAGAUAAAUUUCUGUUAAUGGUUGUCUUGUGCAAUACUAUUUCUUUGGUGUCUUUGCAUCUGCUGAAUGUUAUCUCCUGGCAGUAAUGUCGUAUGAUCGGUAUAUAGCCAUAUGCAGACCACUGCAUUACACUGCUUUGAUGAACAGCAGGCUUUGCUUCUGCCUUAUUACUGGUUCUUGGAUAAGUGGUUUGCUGAGUAACACAAUCAUAACGUCUUUAGUGGUGCAGCUAUCAUUUUGUAGCCCUUAUGAAAUUGAGCAUUUCUUUUGUGAUCUUGCCCCAGUGUUACAGCUUUCCUGUAGCAAUAUACAUAUAGUGGAACUUGUAACUUUCAUGCUGGCAUGCAUGGACACCCUAGGCUCUUUUUUACUUACCUUGAUCUCAUAUGUAGUAAUCAUCAUCAACAUUCUCAGGAUCCAGUCCAAAGCCAUGAGGCAGAAAGCCUUCUCCACUUGCUCAUCCCAUCUCAUUGUAGUAACACUUUUCUUUGGCUCUUUGAUCAGUGUCUAUAUUGUUCCAAAAACAAGCACACUGAAGGAGCUACAUAAGAUUUUCUCUCUCUUUUAUACUGUCUUAACACCUAUGGCCAAUCCCAUUAUAUACAGCUUGAGAAAUAGAGAGGUAAAGGAGGCUCUAUAUAGAAUUAUAAGUAAAGUCAGCAACAUGGCUCAAUUUCCUUAG